GACUACAACUCCCACAAUGCCCUCGCAGAGCACUCUGCAAGAACUCUACCUUCUUCCUGGCUGUGCUAAGGAUGACCACAGUUACCAGAAUGCUCUGCUUCCUCUCUUUGGUGUUAUUGACCCUUUCCCAGCGCGGGACGCGAUAGAAGCGAACGAGAGUGUCGGGCCCAAGGUCCUCCGUGUCCUGCUGGGCAGGGACGAUGCACUGACUUGGGCGCUGAGCCCAGGAGGGAACGCAAAAGGCUGCUGUCCCUCCUGUCAGGUUCACCUCACACUGCUGCCCGUCUUCUCCACCCGCGGCCUCCUGGACGACUCCGGACCGACCGCCUGGGGCAGAGGUGGCGUUCUUGGCCGCGUGGCUGUGGAGAGGCCGCGGCCCUCGGGACGGCGGUAGCGGCGUCAGGGCUGGGGAGGAGGAGGAGGGAAGAUGGCGUCGGAGCUGGAGCCCGAGGUGCAAGCCAUCGACCGGAGUUUGCUGGAUUGUUCGGCUGAGGAAACCGCAGGGAAAUGGCUGCAAGCAACUGACCUCACUAGAGAAGUAUACCAGCAUUUAGCCCACUAUGUACCCAAAAUCUACUGCAGGGGUCCCAACCCUUUUCCACAGAAAGAAGACAUGCUAGCCCAGCAUGUUUUGUUGGGACCGAUGGAAUGGUACCUUUGUGGUGAAGAUCCUGCAUUGGGAUUUCCGAAACUUGAACAAGCAAACAAACCUUCUCAUCUUUGUGGUCGUGUUUUUAAAGUAGGAGAACCUACAUAUUCUUGCAGAGACUGUGCAGUUGAUCCAACUUGUGUUUUAUGCAUGGAGUGCUUUUUGGGAAGUAUUCACAGAGACCACCGAUAUAGGAUGACCACAUCAGGAGGUGGAGGUUUCUGUGACUGUGGUGAUACUGAAGCUUGGAAAGAGGGUCCUUACUGUCAAAAACAUGAACUUAACACCUAUGAAAUUGAGGAAGAAGAGGAUCCUCUUGUGCAUUUAUCAGAAGAUGUGAUAGCAAGAACUUACAACAUUUUUGCUCUUAUGUUUCGGUAUGCAGUAGAGAUAUUAACCUGGGAAAAAGAAAAUGAACUGCCAGUAGAUUUAGAGAUACUAGAGAAGAAUGACACCUACUAUUGCAUGCUGUUUAAUGAUGAGGUUCAUACCUAUGAACAAGUUAUUUAUACUCUUCAGAAAGCUGUUAACUGUACACAAAAAGAGGCCAUUGGCUUUGCAACUACAGUAGAUCGAGAUGGACGUAGGUCUGUUCGAUAUGGAGACUUCCAGUAUUGUGAGCAAGCAAAAUCAGUAAUUGUGAGAAAUACCAGUAGACAGACAAAGCCACUCAAAGUUCAAGUUAUGCAUUCAUCUAUUGUCGCACAUCAGAAUUUUGGUUUGAAACUUUUGUCUUGGCUGGGAGGUAUAAUUGGAUAUUCAGAUGGCCUUCGCCGAAUUUUAUGUCAAGUUGGUUUACAGGAAGGGCCAGAUGGUGAAAACUUUUCUCUAGUGGAUAGAUUGAUGCUUAGUGACUCCAAAUUGUGGAAAGGUGCUAGGAGUGUGUAUCAUCAGUUGUUCAUGAGCAGUCUACUUAUGGAUUUAAAAUACAAGAAACAAUUUGCUGUUCGAUUUGCAAGGAAUUACCAGCAGUUGCAGAGAGAUUUUAUGGAGGAUGAUCACGAGCGAGCAGUGUCCGUGACUGCUCUGUCUGUCCAGUUCUUCACUGCCCCUACUCUGGCUCGAAUGCUCAUCACAGAAGAAAACCUGAUGACCAUUAUCAUUAAGACUUUCAUGGAUCAUUUGAGACAUCGAGAUGCCCAGGGCAGAUUUCAGUUUGAACGAUAUACCGCUUUACAAGCCUUCAAGUUUAAGAGAGUUCAGAGCCUUAUUUUAGAUCUCAAGUAUGUGUUAAUUAGCAAACCAACUGAAUGGUCAGAUGAUCUGAGGCAGAAGUUCCUAGAAGGAUUUGAUGCCUUUUUGGAAUUACUCAAAUGUAUGCAGGGAAUGGAUCCAAUUACACGUCAAGUAGGACAACAUAUUGAAAUGGAACCAGAGUGGGAAGCAGCCUUCACGCUACAAAUGAAAUUAACACAUGUCAUUUCAAUGAUGCAGGACUGGUGUGCUUUAGAUGAAAAAGUGUUGAUUGAAGCUUACAAGAAAUGCCUUGCUGUAUUGAUGCAGUGUCAUGGUGGUUUUACUGAUGGUGAACAGCCAAUCACAUUAAGCAUUUGUGGACACUCAGUGGAAACUAUCAGAUACUGUGUUUCCAAAGAAAAAGUUAGCAUUCACCUCCCAGUUUCUCGCUUACUUGCAGGUUUGCAUGUAUUAUUAAGCAAAAGCGAAGUGGCAUAUAAAUUUCCAGAGCACCUACCUCUAAGUGAACUUAGCCCACCCAUGUUGAUAGAACAUCCUCUUAGAUGUCUUGUUUUAUGUGCCCAAGUACAUGCAGGAAUGUGGAGAAGAAAUGGGUUCUCUCUAGUAAACCAGAUCUAUUACUACCAUAAUGUGAAAUGCAGACGUGAAAUGUUUGACAAGGAUAUAGUAAUGCUUCAGACAGGUGUCUCCAUGAUGGAUCCAAAUCAUUUCCUGAUGAUAAUGCUCAGCCGCUUCGAACUCUAUCAGAUUUUCAGUACUCCAGACUAUGGAAAAAGGUUUAGUUCUGAGAUUACCCAUAAGGAUGUAGUUCAGCAAAACAAUACUCUAAUAGAAGAAAUGCUGUACCUCAUUAUAAUGCUUGUUGGAGAGAGGUUUAGUCCUGGAGUUGGACAAGUAAAUGCUACAGAUGAAACUAAGCGAGAGAUUAUCCAUCAGUUGAGCAUCAAACCCAUGGCUCAUAGUGAAUUGGUAAAGUCUUUACCUGAAGAUGAGAACAAGGAGACUGGCAUGGAGAGUGUAAUUGAAGCAGUUGCCCAUUUCAAGAAACCUGGAUUAACAGGACGAGGCAUGUAUGAACUGAAACCAGAGUGUGCCAAAGAGUUCAACUUGUAUUUCUAUCACUUUUCAAGGGCAGAGCAGUCCAAGGCAGAGGAAGCGCAGCGGAAAUCAAAGAGACAAAAUAGAGAAGAUACAGCUCUUCCACCUCCAGUUUUACCUCCAUUCUGCCCUCUGUUUGCAAGUCUGGUUAACAUUUUACAGUCAGAUGUCAUGCUGUGCAUCAUGAGAACAAUACUGCAGUGGGCUGUAGAACAUAAUGGAUAUGCCUGGUCUGAGUCCAUGCUGCAAAGGGUGUUACAUUUAAUUGGAAUGGCACUACAAGAAGAAAAACAGCAUUUAGAGAAUGUCAUGGAAGAGCAUGUAGUAACAUUUACCUUCACUCAGAAGAUAUCAAAACCUGGUGAAACACCACACAACUCUCCUAGCAUAUUAGCUAUGCUGGAAACACUACAAAAUGCUCCCUACCUAGAAGUCCACAAAGAUAUGAUUAGGUGGAUAUUAAAGACUUUUAAUGCUAUUAAGAAGAUAAGGGAGAGUUCAUCUGCCAGUCCUGUGGCAGAGACAGAAGGAACCGUAAUGGAAGAGAAUUCAAGAGACAAAGACAAAGCUGAGAGGAAGAGAAAAGCCGAGAUUGCCAGGCUGCGCAGAGAAAAGAUCAUGGCUCAGAUGUCUGAGAUGCAGCGGCACUUUAUUGAUGAGAACAAAGAACUCUUUCAGCAGACAUUAGAACUAGAUGCCUCCACCUCUGCUGUUCUUGAAAAUAGCCCUAUGGUUUCAGAUAUGACACUUACAGCAUUGGGCCCAGCACAAACUCAGGUCCCUGAACAGAGACAAUUUGUUACCUGUAUAUUGUGUCAAGAGGAGCAAGAGGUGAAGGUGGAAAGCAGGGCAAUGGUCCUGGCAGCAUUUGUUCAAAGAUCAACUGUAUUAUCAAAAAACAGAAGUAAAUUCAUUCAGGAUCCAGAAAAAUAUGAUCCAUUAUUCAUGCACCCUGAUCUGUCUUGCGGAACACACACUGGUAGCUGUGGACAUGUUAUGCAUGCCCAUUGUUGGCAAAGGUAUUUUGAUUCCGUUCAAGCUAAAGAACAGCGAAGGCAACAGAGAUUACGCUUACAUACAAGCUAUGAUGUAGAAAAUGGAGAAUUCCUUUGUCCCCUUUGUGAAUGCUUGAGUAACACUGUUAUUCCUCUGCUGCUUCCUCCGAGAAAUAUUUUUAACAGCAGGUUAAAUUUUUCAGACCAACCAAGUCUGACUCAGUGGAUUAGAACAAUAUCUCAGCAAAUAAAAGCAUUACAAUUUCUUAGGAAAGAAGAAAGUACUCCUAAUAUUGUCUCUUCAAAGAAUUCAGAAAUUAUGGAUGAAUUGCAGCUCCCUGAAGGGUUUAGGCCUGAUUUUCAUCCUAAGAACCCUUAUUCUGAGAGCAUAAAAGAAAUGCUAAAAACAUUUGGAACUGCCACCUAUAAAGUGGGGCUAAAGGUUCAUCCCAAUGAAGAGGAUCCCCGUGUGCCAAUAAUGUGUUGGGGUAGUUGUGCAUACACCAUCCAAAGUAUAGAAAGAAUUUUAAGUGAUGAAGGAAAACCGUUGUUUGGUCCUUUACCUUGCAGACUGGAUGACUGUCUUAGGUCAUUAACAAGAUUUGCCGCAGCACACUGGACAGUGGUAUCACUUCCAGUGGUGCAAGAACACUUCAGUAAACUUUUUGCAUCAUUGGUUCCUGAUGACAACUACAGAGACCUUCCAUGUAUAUUAGAUAUCGACAUGUUUCAUUUAUUGGUGGGACUGGUGCUCGCUUUCCCUGCAUUGCAGUGUCAGGAUUUUUCAGGGAUCAGCCUUGGUGCUGGAGACAUUAACAUUUUCCAUCUGGUCACUAUGGCACACAUCAUACAGAUCUUACUUACCUCGUGUACAGAAGAGAAUGGCAUGGAUCAAGGAAAUCCUGCUGUUGAAGAAGAAUUAGCAGUUCUUGCUUUGUUUAAAUCACUUCACCAGUAUAUGGGAAGUUCCUUGAAAGAAAUGCCCUCUGGCUGGCAUCUGUGGAGGAAUGUCAGAACUGGAAUCAUGCCUUUCCUAAAGUGUUCUGCUUUGUUUUUUCAUUACUUAAAUGGAGUUCCUCCCCCACCUGAAAUUCAAGUUUCGGGAACAAGCCAUUUUGAACAUUUAUGUAACUAUCUUUCCCUGCCAAACAACCUCAUUUGCCUUUUUCAAGAAAAUGGUGAGAUAAUGAAAUUACUGAUUGAAAGUUGGUGUCAUAACAUUGAAGUUAAAAGAUAUGCAGAAGGUGAAAGAGAUGCUAUAAGGUAAGUUAAAGAUAGUCCAAGACUUGGCUGUGGGAAAAUGACUUGUGCUUUUUUUGUCCCCUGGAGGUGCCCCAAAUCAGGUGGUGAUAAGAGCAGAGCCCCAACUUUAUGUCUUGUGUGUGGAACUCUGUUGUGCUCCCAGAGCUACUGUUGUCAGACUGACCUGGAAGGGGAAGAUGUAGGAGCCUGCACAGCUCACACAUACUCCUGUGGUUCUGGGGUGGGCAUCUUCCUGAGAGUACGGGAAUGUCAGGUGCUCUUUCUAGCCGGCAAAACCAAAGGCUGUUUCUACUCUCCUCCUUACCUUGAUGACUAUGGGGAAACCGACCAGGGACUCAGACGGGGAAAUCCUUUACAUUUGUGCACAGAGCGAUUUCGGAAGAUUCAGAAGCUUUGGCACCAGCACAGCAUCACGGAGGAAAUCGGACACGCACAGGAGGCGAACCAGACCCUGGUGGGCAUUGACUGGCAGCAUUUAUGAUGGUGGCACUACCAAAACUGUACACUUGGAGUUUUGUGACCCAGUUGGCUUUUCAAGAAAGAGAAUAGGAAAAAAGUUCUGCUGAAUUUGGAAAUGAAUUCUUUAGGCGCUUCUUCAGUUUUAUUAUCAUAGUUUCUGGCUCGAGAGACUGAUGAAAAUCAUUUUCUGUCAGCGGACUUUCUUGCACCAUUUGCUGUGUCCCUGAAACAUAACUUCUUGAAUUGUAAGGUCCAGCAAGGAGCUUCUCUUCCUGGGCUGGGUGCUCCAGCUGCUUUGUGGGCAUCUGACUGCAUGCGACAGUUCCCAGUAGUCUGAGCCACGUUACAUUACCAAUCACAGGGAACUCCAGGCCUGAAGCUGAUUCGAUUACAGCAGGAAACAAAGUCUCUGCAGUGUGUUGGAGUUAUGCUUCUGGUCCCUCAGUGAUGUUCAACACUGGGACUGAGUUGCUGUCCCUUCUGCUGACAGGACCCUACCUCUAAGCAAAGCAGUGGGUUUUGAAAGCAUCAAUCCCUGUCUCCAUCAGCUGUGAGAGGGCUGAGGGCGCUGAUGCAGGAAGAGCCUGUGGGAAGAAGGGGGAGGUGCUUUCUUUGUAUGCUGGCUGCUUUUUAGGGCUGUAGAAGGUUGGAUUUUGUUUUCCUUUUUGUCAAGACUUUUGGCUUUGAGAGAAAAAACUCACUUUAAAAGGGCUUUUUAAAAACUUAAAAGAGUAUCCUAGUUUUUCAGACAAUAUAUUCUCUUAUUUGUAAGACUAAAUUGAGAGAUUGUGUGCAUCUAGAAUCAAGCACUAGUGGAAAAAAUGAGAACUUGGUGUUUUUGCAGUUCCCUCCCUCCUACCCCUUCCAGCAUUUCCAAAAUAGAUGAAUUGCUCUUUCUUUGCUGGCUCACUUAGUACAUUCCUGGGACAGCCUAUGCACCCAGGCUUUUUAUUAUUUUUAAACAUUAUUGUUCUUACUAAGAGGUGCCUUCCUAGAAUGAUAGCCGCUUAGUAAAAUAGCUUGUAACUAUUACAUACGACACAGCCACUCUCCAUUUGAUACACAUGUGCUGAGAGCUUGACAAUGGAGGGGUGGCAGGUUUUGUAUGAGGAAUAAAUUCUGAGCCUCUCGGAGUGGGGCUAAAGGACAAAUGAAUAAAACACUCUUGGAUUUUUUUAGCCAUUGCAAGUAACCCUUUCACUCAGUUUUCUUUGAACUGCAUCUCAGAGUUCUGUUCCAUUCAGCUUUGCACGCUCCCUGUCUACCCGGGAGGAUGGUCAGCAGUCCAGACUGUAUGCUAAGAUAUGUGAGGCGCAGAAGCCACAUUCGCUGCUUCCCCUCCAAGGUAGGUGAAAGAAACUCUUCCUCUGCAAGAAUGACGCUAACUUCCUGCUUGGGACUGGCUCAGCAGCUGAGAAGGACCCGCAGGAAGAAAAUCCACAUUAGAACCCAGAGCUCUCCCCCUUUUGCUGGCUGUUUUUGCCAUUCAUAAGAUCUGGUGGUUUGGGCUGUGAGUGCCAUAAUGAUUUUAAUGUUUAUUUCAGCCUUUGUCACAUCCCUGUGAUCCUUUAGCAUUUAAAUCCAGCUUCUUUUGGCUUUUCUCCAUAUGUUCAUCAAGCUUAUAUUUUAAAUGAUAAGACCAUGUUUCUCCCUCUGUAAGUGAAUUAUAAACAUUUUCACCACAUCAUAACAAUACUCAGGCUUUUGGGGCUGACUCUUGUUAGCAGAGGUGUCCCUGGGUUCCAUUCUCUGAGAAUGUCAGGGGUCUGAGAGAAAAUGAAUUUCCAUGAAAUAGCAGGGCAUGCACCCCUCUGUCUUCUGGUGUGUGCGUCAUUAAGCUAAUUGUCUCCCCUUCCUAAGGAAUCAUACUAGUUUUAUGAUUUGUUCUGCAUGUAUCAUGUUUAUUAUAGAAAUGUUUAUAUAAUCAUGCUUUCUGUAUCAGGGAAAAUCAUACCUGUUUAAUACAUUGGCUAUAACUUUAAAUAUCUGUGGACAACUUGUAAAAUUUGGAAUGUAUCAUAUGUAAAAAGUUUAAAGAUACCCAAAUAAAUGCUUUAGGUGUUACUACUUUG